CACGCAUCUGCCGAGCAUGGAAGUGCUACCGCCGGAACAGCACUUCGAUGUACGACAGGAAACGGGCCAACCGCCAGCUCAAGAUCCGACUACUCCAGGCUGAAGUGGUGCAGACCCUCCUAUACGGGUGCGCCUCGUGGAGCCUGGCAGCGGAGCACUACACCAAGCUGAAUGGGACCCACCGCCAGUUCCUGACACGGUGUAUCGGCUGGAGCAAGCGGAAGCGCUCAGACCGACCCCUGUCCUACGCCCAGGCCCUCAUCCAGGCCGGCUGCGAGGAAACCAUCGAGGCCACCGUGCGCAAACGGAGGCUGUGUUUUGCGGGCUUCGUUAUGCGCAUGGAGGACAACCGCCUCCCCAAGCGCAUGCUGCUGGGAGCGAUGGCGGGGGGUACCGGAUACCGGGGCGGGCAGGAGAGCGACUGGGUGUAUCGCCUAGGAGAGGACCUCGUGGCGUUUGGCAUGAAAGAGGAGAAGGAGGGGGGGAGAUGGAAAGAGAGCGCCAAGGACCAGGAGGCGUGGUACGACAAGAUCGAGGACGGGGCGGCAUGGUUCAUGAGGAAAUGGCACAGACAGGAGGCGGAAGCAUCCGCGAAGCGCCAGCGCCAGCGCGCGGAGGAAGCAGAGACGGAGAGCACGGCCGCCCCGGGCCCGAAGAGAAAGAGAAUCGGGGAAGCGGCGGGGGGGGGGAAGAAACGGCGACCGGACACUGCUGUAGAAGCGAGUAGGGCGGCCAAGGCCGCGCUUGCGGCGAACGACGUACCCAACUGAUGAUGUUGUCGCACCCUGUGUUCCCUUUUCCCUGCCGUAAGCUGUAUGCUCUUAGUAUUGCCUCCGGCCUCUCUUUGUGCUUUUCUUCUUUCUUUCUUUCUUGUUCUCCAUGCCCUCUCUACGAUGAUCUUGGACGAUACCUCGAGCUCCUUGUUAUUUUUGUUUUUUCCUUUGCUGGCUGCCUGCCACCUCUGCUGCCUCUUUGGUGCGGUGCCUACCCUACACUAAUGCGCUGGUGCAUACUGCACUGCUGUAGUACCUGGUACUGGUGUACGUUGUCCUUCGAUUUUUUAUUUUUUUUGUGGCACUAUAUAUGUGUUUGUUUUUCGCCCCCCGUCUUGCUGCACCCCCUGGGGUGUGGUGCAGGGCGGGGGAUGCCUGGUCGGCGGGAACCCGGCACGGAACCCUCCGGCGUUGUAGGCGGGUGUGGGAAGCGUUCCCCGUUCUCCUUUUAUUUUAUUUUGAUCGGUCUCCUCGACGCUCUUUCUCGUUUGGUGCGGUAGCUGGUCUUUCUUUCUAUCAUUUUGUUUCUCUUCCGAGUGGUUUUUGUACCCUAUUUUUUCCUGUUUCUUCGUGGGGUCGUGUAUGCCGGGUUUUGAGACCAC